AUGAGUCUUGUUGACUUGCUCCUCGACUUGUACAGCGAAGGAAAGUUGUGCAUAUUUUGCUGUGCACGGUUUUCUUUCCGUAUCGGAGAAGUUUUUUACUCGCAAAGUGAAGACAAAAUCAUCCAACAACUUUUUGAAACCACAAAACGCCAAGUCCCCCAAACCAAAAUCGACACUCGUUGCUUUGUUUGCUUCAACAUGUCUAUGUACUUACAACAUGCUGGCAUUAAAGAAGAAGUGGAAAAUGCAUUGAAGACGUGUGGACAUGAAUAUGAGGGGAAGUAUUCAAUUUCUACCAGUUUUCCACAAGCGGUGUUUCUUAGAGAACAAGCUUUGGUGAGGUACAUCACUCGCAAAUUUCCGUCGAAGAAUUACCAACCUUUUAGAAUCAAAGACACUCUCAAAUUCAUAUUAACUGCACAACUCCCUGAGUGGAAGUAUGAAAUAGAGGCGCCACUCAAAUUGUGCGUCGAGUUUUCUCACAAACAGUUGAGAGAUGAAGACAGCAAACUUCUUGAGUCGGUAAAACUCAGGAAAAGAAGAAAGGACGAAGUACUAACUGCUGCGACUGCUCAACAGGCGCUCGAGAGAAUGUCACCAGAGGAAUAUGAAAAGCACUUUCCAAUACCACCCUCUCCUAUGGAAGGUGAUAAUGGUAAUUACAGAAUAUUCUUUGAAAGAGAUUACAUCUACGUUGCAGGAAGGUAUAGAAAAUACUCGAGACAGUUGAGUCAAUCGCAAUGGAUCAUCAAUGGGACAUUGAUUCACGACCAUUCCAUAUCGGGAGAAAUUGGCGAGGUGAUGAAGAAGUAUUUCAAGUGCGACAAAUACUUCUUGAUGGCUUCUGGACGAGAAGACGUCGACGUACGAAUGCUUGGGAAUGGUCGUCCAUUUGUGAUGGAACUCCACAACCCGCGAAAGGUGGCACUCAGUGAAGAGGAGUACAUCCAGAUGCAAAAAGAAAUCAACCAAUCGCCUGCAGUGCAAGUGAUGCACCUUCAACUUGUUUCGAACAAAGACACAGAAAUCAUUAAAAAUGGCGAGAGGUCGAAAAGAAAGAAAUAUUUGGCUUUUAUUUGGGCAGAACAAAUGAAACCCUUGAAAAUGGACAAUUUAGUGAUUCAUCAGAAGACACCAAUUCGGGUACUUCAUAGACGAUCAUUACUCACACGCGAUAGAACAAUUUACACCCUGAAGUUAAACCCUAUCGACGACCAUUUUGGACUUCUUGAAUUGGAGACCGAGGCUGGGACGUACAUCAAAGAAUUUGUCCAUGGCGAUUUGGGACGAACAAACCCUAACAUC